AUGGCUGAGAAGAAGGGACAAGAUAUGGGGAGCAAGCAGCUCCUGAAGAAGGUUAGCUGCAGGGAGUGUCAGGGAGAGGUCCCUGUUCACUUCCCCGCCACCAGGAGAUGUUCUGGGUUAAGGGGCGAAACAUCAAUGAGCGGUGGUCCCCAGCUGAUGACCCUGCAGCUAACCAAAACAGGCACCGUUGGAGACUUCUUCUCAGCCAACAGAAAGAAAGCAGAUGCCCGUAAAACGGGUGGCGGCCGAGCACCGCCCCCUCUAACGGAGGCAGAGGCGCUGGCCCUGAGCCAGAAUUUUGGAAGGACAGCGACUGAGGGAAUCCUUGGAGGGAGCUCAUCCUCUGAGCCCACCCCCCAAGACACAAGUGCCUUUAUAACAUACCUUGUAACUGAUGAAGAGUGCGAGGAGACUUUGUGUGCUGCCUUCACAGAGGGGGAACCAGAAAGGCCUGUAGAGGGCAUGGCUGGGCAGCAGCAGGAGGGUCCCUCAACUUCAACUGCACAGAUUGACACCUUACCAGUGAAAGACAUCUAUAAAAUAUUUCUUCUGAAAAAAUUUGAAAAAACCGACAAAGAAAUUCAGUUCUUGGACCGCCAGAUGAGAAGGGCAGAUCUCGAAAUUGAAUUACUAGAGCACAAGUUAGAGGUGGGUGCAUGGUCACAGGUGAAAGUGGCUGAAAGGGGGCUUAGACUGAGAGAAACUCGAGGUUCAUUGAGAAAAACCUGGUCCCGACCAGAUUAG